AUGCCAGUAGCAAUGCUGGGAGGUAGCCGCCGGGGCACGAUAUGUUAUAGAUGGUAGUGCUCGAUCGAUGUAUUCAACUUGUUCUUGAAUAGACGCGAAUUUGAUUAUAUAUCUGAGUGAUUACCCAGACGCAUUGUUCGAAAGUUUUAAGAUUACCCUGUAUCAAAAGACCAUCGCCGGUCCCUUGGAGAGUGCCAUUAGUUCGAAUGCCAAAAAACAUUUGUCGUUGACAUCAAGUGCUUGUGGUUUGUCCAAUUUUUUACGAAGACGGAUUGUAUAGCGUAAUCGUCUGGCUAAUUGUACAGACGCCAAAGGGAAUAAUUUUCGAGCCAGUUGUUGUACUUCUCUUUGGAUUUUUUGUAGUAGCGCAUGCGCAUCCUCUUGUUAUGCCUUUGAUCUGAAUAAGCCCUUGAACUUGAAUCCUCCUUGAAUCCUUCUUGUAAAGACAGAGUGUAUGAACCAACACGCUUUGAUGUUCACUCUCUCACAGGUGUCCUACAUAAGCAGGUAAUCCAUGGGACAGCUGCUAUACAUUUUUCUGGUGUUCGGCUUUUUAGCUUGAUCGCCGUUCGCUCUUGUGCCAAAAACCAUGUAAACGCUUCACUCUUGCACAACAGGUGCUUCCUAUCACAGAUCCGCGCUGCCAACACAAGCGCUCAACGCGUGCUUCUUUGCCGAAGAAAGAUCACUGAUGGACCGAGGUCACUGGAAAGAUCCUGCUCGACACAUGUUGUACUAAGUAAUCUGCGACAAUUAAGUCCUAGUAAAGAAACCAUGCUAUAUUGCGUUUCUGCUUUCGUGAAGCCCGUGAGAGUCUGUGGACUUUGGUGCGACACUUGUCUGUACGGGUGUGGCAUUAGGGAGAUGCCACGGAAUGCGCUUCCACGUUACGCCUACGACCACGUUGGUGGCAAGCUGCGACCUGGUGGGAGUUUGAACGCUGCGAGAAUCUUGCAUCAGGCCAAUUUCGGACGAAAUUGUAUCGUCUGUACAGCUCUCUUGCUUCUCAGUGCGGUAGUUCCGUACGCGUUUUUUUCCGCCGUAUGCAAAGACACGCCUGAGGAGGAGCUCUUGUUUAUUUUGUCCAUUGUUUCGCCACUCCUGUCCAUGGUAGCAGUUGUGGCUCCGAUGGUGAACACUGUGCGGCAGCUUCGGAGCUUCGCGAACCCCUACCAGCAGGUUGCAGCGUUCGCGGCAGGAGAAGACUUGGACGAGUUAGUGGAUGAUGGCAAUGUCGAGCAGGAAUCGUCUGUUCCAUCUUUGGGUAGAGAUUCAACAGCCAAACACCCAGGAGCGGAAAUCGAAAUGACCGCACCCACACGCGCCCUGGGUCUGUCGUCGGCACGCCUCUCCCAGGGUGAUGAUGCUUCUAGAAUUAGAGGACCUGAGCAGCAGAUUUCGGAAAAUAUGGAGUUGCGUGAUAUAGGACAGCGAGACGACCGUUCUGGAGAUGAGGAGGAGCGAACUCAGAUCUUGGACAAGAGAGGGGUAGAUGCCCUCUGGCCAACCUCUACGGAAGGAACUGAAUUCGAGUACGACGGUGAAGACCCGCACGCGAGCUUGUGUCCAGUAGCCUCGAGAGCCCUGGCAGCAUUAGGAAAACUCCCAGUCACGAUGUUUCGUACGCAAUUGGUCUGCGCGGUGCUGGGUGUCUCGUAUGGGAUUCAGGUUAGGAGCGAGCCCGUCGUUGUGAACAACAUGGUUCAACUCCUCUUUUUACUCUUCUACCUCUCUGUGGUUCGGUAUCUUGAAUCUUUCGUCGCGAUUAGUGCGUCGGCGUCCGACAGCGUCGACAGCGAGACGCACUUGUCCUUGCAAGAGGAAAUGGGCGAAUUUUCGUUGAACGAGGUUGACAGUCCAACCGGCUCCAUAACUACCUCUGGCCUGCCUGCUGAGCGAGUCGAUGAAGAUGAUGCUGAGUUUCGAGCGCAAGAGGCUAGCAACAGGCUUUUUGAUCAAGGCCGUAGUUUUGGAGAUGGUGAAGCAAGUGCAGAUAGCAACAGUGUUGUGCCAACGGCGGUCUCGGCGACGCAAAUCGGCCGCCAGAUUGGAGAAGAGCCACAUGAAGUGUGCAAAAACUUCGAUAUCAGGCAGCGGAAAAAUACAGGUGCAAAAUUGGUUAGGUCAGCGUUGACAGGAAGUGACGAUGAGUCUGGCAAGUCAAAAAGCUGGCGUAUAGGUUUCGUGCUCUCUUUUUCUAUGCGAUUGGGCCUUGUCCUCUUCAUUUGCGUUAACUACUGCUCGCUCCUGCUUGUGGGGAUAGCGAUUAUUGCGUCGACUGUUUAAGGCACAGAUAUUGGAAGUGCAAUCACUUCGCAAACUGCAUAAUGCACAAAGUUAGUUUUCUUUUCCUUCGAUAAGAUCCAAUAUUUCAAUCUUGAUGUUAGAGUUUGUUGAUAGAGUUGAUGCAAAAAGAAACUGCGUGAGUAAAAAGUGCGUAAGUAGAUAACUGUCAAUUAUGAAUUUUCAUCACGAAAUCACUUGGUGAACCCUUACACUCCCUUAUCGGUUGUCCUGUCUCUUGCCUCUAUAAAGCCCCUUCCUGAAUCUGGCGCCGUUGAUCGACCUGCCGCGCGUAAUUCAGAGUCGCGAUCCGGCUUCGUUGGAUGCGUCAAUCUGUGUGAUUUACCUGAUGAGCAAUGGAGUGUGGUCUCUCUACGGCUUGAUUCUUGAGGACUUUGUGGUCCUCCUUCCGAGUGUCGUCUCAUACGUUCUCUCCGCCUUCCAGAUGCUGCUCAUUCUUUGGACACGCCGUGCCCGCGUGACCGAAGAGUUAUGUCCUCUAGACAUGGGUUUUCUACUAGCACUGUUUCGUGUAGUCGCCGAUGCGCUGCCAUGGGGAAGUCGUGGAACAGGAGAGGAGGAGGAUGAAUUUGGUCAUUCAGAAAGAAAUGCUUCACAACUUCCGUAUUCGUUCAUCUUGACGCGUCGUGGAUCCGAUACCACCGCAGGCGGUAGUAAAAACAGUGCUGAUCCGUCUUUCGACCGCAUAGGAUCAUCAUCUACAGAAUUAAGUGGUUUCAAGAGAAAGCUCAGCAGAGAUCACAACCGGCGCACGGGAUCGAAGUCAGAGGUUUCUGCCAUGAAAGGUGGUCAAAAAACUGGGCAUAUUCAGUGGUCAAUGCCAUCCGAUCAGGAAAUGUUCGCAUCAAGAAAGCGAAAACGGGCACGCUCAAAACCAGGGAGCAAUGCAACAUACACGCCUAGUAAUGCCACCCUCACGCCAAUACGCGGCAUAUCUAAAAUAUGA